AGAGGGUCAGCAAAGCAACCUCUCUUCUUUGGAUCUCUCAAAUAAUUUAAUAAGUAUAUCUAAAUUGGUUUCUAUACGAAGAAAAGCAUUACAUAGAAAAAGUGGAUUUAAUUUGUGGGUCCUUUUUGAUUGUCUUACAUGUUCUUGUCUUUCUUAAAAAGGUGGUUGAUUUAGGAACCCUUUAGUAGUCAAUUUAUUUUUUCUUCUUGAUUCUUGGUUUCUUGAAACAAAAGAAGUUAUGAGCCAAUUUCGUGCAAAUUCAUCUCCUGACUUGGAUUUUCCCGGUACAGCAAAGGAUCAAAGAUAUGAUGAUUUGGCAUUACAAGGGGUGGCAGCAAAUGUAAAAUUACUGCUAAAACUAAUCCAAGAUCAUCAAAUAGCCUGUGAUCAAGACAAGAAUGAUCAUAGGAGAAUGUUGAGGGUAGCCACAAUGAUGACAAUUUUGGACAAUGCAAAGGACAGAAUCCAAAAAUGCCAAUCAUUUGGCCUUAAGAAACCGGAUCCCGAGCUGAGGAGGUGCAACACCGACUUGCGCCGCAGCCCGGUCCCAUCGGGCAAGAAGCCCGGUGGCGAGGCCGAGGCCGUGCCAAUGGAUCCGGACGAGGAGAAGGAUCGGCUGAGGCGCGAGCUGAGCUCGAGCAUAGCUGCACAGAGGAACCUCAGAGCGAUGUGCUCGAGUUUAGGGAAGGAGAAGAAGUUCAUGGAGGCAGAGCUUUCGAAAAAGGUUCAUGAAUUGAGUGAGAUGGAGGAGCUUUUGAACAAUCUCAAGGCCCAAAAUGAGACAUUGCGCCAAAAGGUUCAAGAAUGCCUCUCUGAUCCCAAGGAGAGUAAGCCGGCCGAUAUUGAUGGUGGUGGUGGUGGAGGUGGAGAAAUGUACUCGGCGUUUGGGUUGCAAGAGAGGAACAAGGUGCUCUCGGAGCAGUUGAUGAGGUCUCUAGAUGGUUAUCGGUCGAUGAAGAGGAAGCUCAAGGCGUCGCUAGAAGAGAAUAAUAUGCUACAUUCGACCGUGGAUGAGGUUGGGGCCAAAGUUGUGGGGAGUUUGGAGAGGGUUAAGAGUUUGAAGAAUCGGAUGGCUACGUCCCCUUCUGAGGGCGAGACAUCCCUCGAUCUCCUGCAGGAGAUCGAGGGGUUGGAGGGUAUGUUCGAGUGCUUCCAAAUGUUGGUGGAGAAGCACGAGAAGAGGCAGGGCGACUGCGCUCGGCUAAGUGGCGAGAUCAAUGCAUAUAAGCCCUCGGUUCUGGCGUGAUUGUGGUUUAGGAUCUUGGAGUGACUAACUCAAAUUUUUCUUGGUAGUUAUCUUUAAUUUUUUGUUUUUGUUUUGGGAUUUUUCCAAGUGAUUGUUGAAGAUGAGAUAGGGUCUUCAUUGUGUGUGACAAAUUAUGUGAUGAUUUAUAUAGGUCAUUGUAAUGUAAAUUGAUGUAUCAUAGUCUUCUUGCUU